ACGAAUCUGAAAAUAAUUCGCUCAUGUCUCUCCUGUCGUCUCCUCCACAGCGUAGGCACAAUAAACUGCAUUUCAUUCUGUAUCUAAGGAAUAACAAAACAAAAGGAAAUGUUUGUACCUCUCGCCUUUGGAAUUGUACGCCCUCUCUAUGCUCCAUGGCUCCGUGGAACCCGAUCCAUGAACCUGUUUUCCCUCUCUAUGAAGGGACCAUUUUCCGUUUCAGUAAACGUGUCGUCUCGCUUCAGCCCCAUCGUCCAAGCUUCGCUUCAUUCCAGUUCUCUACCUGAUUCUGAUCGAGCGCAGGUUUCGCCUUCGGUUGAACAAUCUGAGAUCAUUUUUAUCGGGACUGGAACUAGUGAAGGGAUUCCACGUGUGAGCUGCCUCACUAAUCCUAUCAAGACCUGUCCAGUUUGCUCAAAGGCUACAGAACCGGGUAGCAAGAAUAGGAGACUUAACACAAGCCUCCUUGUUCGCUAUCUCAACCCAUCUGGAAAAUGGAACAUUCUUAUUGAUGCUGGCAAGUUUUUCUAUCACAGCGCUCUGAGGUGGUUCCCAGCUUAUGGGAUAAGAACAAUUGAUGCGGUUAUUAUUACUCAUUCUCAUGCUGAUGCAAUUGGAGGGAUGGAUGAUCUCCGUGAUUGGACGAACAAUGUUCAGCCUUCUAUACCGAUAUACACGGCAAAGCGUGAUUUUGAGGUGAUGAAGAAAACUCAUUAUUAUUUGGUUGAUAAAAGUGGUGUUACACCCGGUGCUGCAGUUUCAACCUUGCAAUUUAAUAUAAUACAAGAAGAACCAUUUGCAGUAUGUGAUCUUGAGUUUACUCCUUUACCAGUGUGGCAUGGUCGUGGCUAUCGUUCUUUGGGUUUUCGAUUUGGCAAUAUUUGUUACAUUAGUGACGUCAGUGAUAUACCGGACGAGACUUAUCCUCUCCUCAGUAACUGUGAACUCCUUAUUAUGGACGCGCUAAGACCAGAUCGAUCUUCUUCAACUCAUUUCGGACUUCCAAGAGCGCUGGACGAAGUUAGGAAAAUCCGACCGAAAAGAACACUGUUCACCGGUAUGAUGCACCUGAUGGAUCACGACAAAAUAAACGAAGAUCUUGUGAAGUUGAAGGAGACAGAAGGCCUCGACAUUCAACUGAGCUACGACGGGCUUCGUGUUCCAGUAACUCUAUAGCCACCCUCUCUCAAGUUUAAUCAUUCAAUAUGAAGUGAUUUGUUUUGUGAAUCUUCUCUGCAUACAUAGCUAUUUUUUGCUGCUGUAUUUAAGCAGCGUGGCAUGAGAGGAAGCUGACGUUGAGAAAAAAUGCCAGUUUUCUUCAUCAUUUUAGGUUCUUCCUCAGUUGCAAAUUCUUGUUAGGGAAUCAUUAAUUACUAAAGAUUCAUAGUUGGAAGAAUUAGUUUAUACUUUUGCA